AUGUGUGUCAUCUGCUUUGUGAAGGCACUGGUACAUGUGUUCAAGAUCUACUUGACAGCAAACUACACCUACAACUUCCGCAGCUGGCCAGUAGACUUCCGCUGGGAUGACGUGAGAGCCACAGGAGCAGGUGGCAGUGGUCACCGUGCACUGACAUGUGCAGCAGCCGCAGCAGGAGUGUGGCUACUGCAUGAUGCUGCGUUGGGUGGGGAUGUGCUUGGGAGGCCACGCAGGGCUCGUAGCCAGGUUCAGUGCCUCCUGCAACAGAUCCGAGAACUGCCUAGCCAGCUUGCCAGCUAUGCACUAGCCCACUCGCUGGGCCGCUGGCUUGUGUAUCCUGGCUCCAUGUUCCUGAUGACACGUGCCCUUCUGCCUCUGUUGCAGCAGGGCCAAGAGCGCCUCGUGGAACGCUAUCAUGGGCGUCGCGCCAAGCUGGUGGCCUGUGAUGGCAAUGAGAUCGACACCAUGUUCAUGGAUCGCCGCCAGCACCCAGGCAGCAAUGGCCGUGGCCUGCGCCUGGUUAUCUGCUGUGAAGGCAAUGCUGGAUUUUAUGAGAUGGGUUGCCUAUCUGCGCCACUGGAGGCUGGCUACUCGGUGCUAGGAUGGAACCACCCAGGCUUUGGGGGCAGCACAGGUGCACCAUUCCCUCAACACGAUGCCAAUGCAAUGGAUGUAGUGGUCAAGUAUGCACUGCACCGUCUACACUUCCCCCCAGAGCAUGUGGUGAUUUAUGGUUGGUCUAUCGGUGGCUUCACAGCAACCUGGGCCACCAUGACUUAUCCAGAGCUGGGUGCACUAGUGUUGGAUGCCACCUUUGAUGACCUCGUGCCACUUGCACUGAAGGUAAUGCCCCACAGUUGGAAAGGGCUGGUGGUACGCACUGUACGGGAGCACUUCAACCUCAAUGUUGCUGAGCAGCUGUGUUGCUACCCAGGGCCAGUACUGCUGCUCCGUCGCACACAGGAUGAUGUGGUCAGUACCUCAAGCCAUCUGCCCACCCUGCCAUCCCAAGACAUGGAGGGUGAUGUGGAGGGCAACCGUGGCAACGAGCUGCUGCUGCGCCUGCUGCAGCAUCGAUACCCAUCUGUGAUGGCCUGUGAGGGCCGUACAGUAGUGACACGCUGGCUACGCACCAGCAGCCUGGCUCAAGAGGCUGCUUUUUAUGCCCGCUACCGUGUGGAUGAUGAGUGGUGCGUGGCAAUGCUGCGUUCUUAUCGUGAACGCUGCCAGAAGGAAUUGGUGGAAACUAGGGCCUGGGGUCCACAUGGACCUACUUUUCCCUGGCUUGUGGGCCAAGGCUUGAGCUUGAGGCGUCGCCGACAACUUGCACUCUUCUUGGCUCGCCGACACCUCAAGAAUCUGGAGGCAACACACUGCAGCCCACUGGAGCCAGAGGACUUCCAGUUGCCCUGGGGAUUAUAG